UACCGUGAAACUAAGCGCAUAUAAACGCUUACAGUGCUCUAGUUUAAAACACAGUGCCCAUACAGCGAACGGCGUGAAGACAACGUCACGAUGGUACCACAUUACCUCCUAAUUUUGACCUUGGCAGUCGCUGCCAGCGCCAGGACGGCGUCAACAAACAAAAAUACCCUGGAUGAAGCCAGGAGUACAGAGGACAGUGUUCUAGGCGAUCUGAAAAUCGCAUACGAAACAUACAGGGAUUGUAGUGGUGGCGACCUCUCUAGCUGUCUUAAGAGAAAACUGGCGAAAGCUAUUACGAGGAUAUCGAAAAGUGAUGAGGUGUCAGUCCUUAGUGGAGUCACGAUAACCAAAGAUAAGGAUGCGAAGGUCAACGACGUUGAGGUCGAGGAGGCGAUCCCUAGAGGUCUUGACGAGAGCUCUCUGGACAACCUUAUCUUGGACAAGAUCGUUGGAUUCAUGCAGACUCACACAAUCCAGGUCAAAUUCCCCACCGGCGCUGACCUGCAGUCCGCCGAAGGUCGCAGCAGGAGGAAGAAGCUCGCCCCUCUCCUGGCUAUCCCUCUCCUAAUCGGUGGUAUGCUGGUACCCCUGGCCUUUGGAGCCCUGGCUCUCUUAGCGGGCAAGGCCUUGAUCGUGUCUAAGCUGGCGCUGGUGCUGGCUGGUAUCAUUGGGCUGAAGAAACUCCUGUCGCCGAGCGGUGGUGGAGAGGCCCAUGAGGUGGUGGUUUCGUCUGCUGGGCACGGAGGCUCGGGAUGGAGCAGGUCGCUGGAGAACGCCCAAGACUUAGCGUACAACGCAAUCGACGCUACAUUUUGUGCUAAGCUUUCCGUAGGGGUAGUUCUACCAGUCAUGAGGCGUUACGUGUUUGCCCUACUUUUAGUCGCGUCGGCGCGGGCGAUGCCUGCGGUCGAGAGCGAGAAUGAUCCAGGCCUCAUGGGACGCGUUUUAGGAGCAGUUAAGGAGUGUGUUGACGGAGAUGUUACCUUGUGUUUGAAGGAGAAAGCGUUGAAGUUCACGGAGAGUUUUACGGCGCGGGAGAUGAGUUUGGCUGAUGGGGUGACCUUGCUGGGAACUGGGUCUCCGAGGUCUGCGAGGGCUCUGGAGCCGUUGUCUGAGGAGCCUAAGGCCAGGGAAGCCCAGGUGGAGUCCAGGCUGGUCGACUCCGCAGCUGACUUCCUGGAGAACCAUGUCAUCCAGUUCAAACUGCCCACAUCAGCCGUCGAGGGAAUGAAGAGGUCACUUGAAGAAGCUCGUGGCAAGAAAAAGAAGAUCAAGCAGCUCAUCCCUCUCUUCGCUUUGGCCAAGUUGAAGAUCACCGCCCUCAUUCCUUUGUUCCUCGGCAUCAUCGCCUUCGCCGCCACCAAAGCCCUGCUCUUGGCCAAGGUCUCCCUCCUCGUCGCCGGUAUCAUUGCCCUCAAGAAACUCCUGGCCAGCAAACACCAUGAAACCAGCUACGAAGUUGUCGCUCAUCCACACCACGAAGAACACUUCGCUAGCAGUGGCCACGGGUGGGGCAGGUCAAUCGAUGACGCCCAAAACCUAGCGUACGCUGGCCAUAUCAAAUCUGAUUAAGCUUUUGAUUUAGAUAACACAUUGAGGGGCAACCCAAGGGUGUAUUUUAAGUCCCUCUUUGUAUAACGUGUAAAAUAGUCACAAUAUCGUGUCUACGAAUGUGUAUAUUGAUUUUAUUUAUUACUAGUUAAGGUUUAAUUUAUUUCGUAACUUAUUCUGCGACCCUUUGUAAGGGAUGAACGAAAUCUUGUUGUUGUUAUCCAAAAAGUGUUCCAAGUUUGUAUGAUUCCUCGUGUAUGUUAUUAGUAUACUAUAUUAGUAUUUUUUUUCACACCCUAUACGGUAUCCGUAUUUGUGUAUUUUGUUUAAAAAACUCUUUAGUUUCUACUUAUUAUGUGUUUAACUGUUUUAAGUAU